UACUAGUGUCAGAAAACACCAUUUUACAAACCUUUGUAAAGAAGAUUAUUGUGUAGUGAAAAGAAUGGAUAAAAGACCUAGUAACCUUGAGCCCCCGGAUGUUAAAGACUACUUGGUGAAAGGUGACAGGUUCACAAAAUGGACAGAGGAUUCUUCAAAGACAUCAGUUGUCACCAUGAAAAUGGACCCAAAGGGCUUCUACCUUCACUGGGUUAAUCAGAACAGGGAGAUGACAUUCCUAGAUCUUGCCACCAUCCGGGACACAAGAGCAGGAAAAUAUGCCAAGCUUCCGAAAAAUCCCAAGGUUCGCAAUGUGUUCAACAUGGACUUCCCUGACAGUCACCAUUUAGCCAAAACCCUGACAAUUGUGUCUGGCCUCGACACAGUCAACUUAACAUACCACAACUUCUUUGCUUACAAGGAAAAUGUAUCACAGGACUGGGCUGCAGAUAUCCUGGCAAUUGUCUACAACACCCUGAGAAAUAAUUCAUGCAGACAAGUCUACCUGGAGAAAAUGUAUGUCCGAAUCUCCCUACAAACCAACAAGGAUGGAAAGAUCCCAGUCAAGAAUAUCUACAAGAUGUUCCCUGCAGACAAGAAGAGAGUCGAGAGUGCCCUGAGUGCAGCCCACCUCCCCAAAGGAAAGGGAGACACAAUGAAGGCUGACGUCUUUACUGAAGCUGCUUUCAAAGCCUUCCUGACAAAUCUGUGUCCCAGGCCUGAAAUCGCUGAUAUCUUCACUGCUUACACAACAAAGCCCUACAUGACAAAGGAGAAUCUGACGAAGUUUGUGAAUGAAAAGCAGCGUGACUCGCGGCUGAACGAGGAGCUCUUCCCUCCCAUGCGCCCUGAGCAGGUGAAGAGCAUCAUCGAGAAAUACGAGCCCUGCUCCUCCACGGCCAACCGAGGUCAGAUUUCUCCAGAGGGGCUACUGUUCUACCUGAUGGGACCUGAGACAUCCGUGGUGCUGCUGCAGAAACUCUCCAAGUGCCAUGACAUGACCCAGCCCCUGCCCCACUACCUCAUAAAAUCAUCCCACAAUACCUACCUCACAGCGGGGCAGUUUUCGGGGGUCUCGUCUCCAGAGAUGUACCGGCAGUGCCUGCUGGCAGGGUGCCGGUGCCUGGAGCUGGACUGCUGGAAGGGCAAGCCCCCCGAGGAAGAGCCAAUCAUCACCCACGGCUUCACCAUGACAACCGAGAUCCUCUUCAAGGAUGUGAUUGAGGCCAUUGCGGAGAGCGCCUUCAAGACCUCCCAGUAUCCUGUCGUGCUGUCCUUUGAGAAUCAUGUUGACUCGGUCAAACAGCAAGAGAAGAUGGCUAACUACUGCAAGACUAUAUUUGGAGAUGCCCUGCUUAUUGAUCCUCUGGAGAAUUAUCCACUCAAGCCAGGCCAUCAAAUCCCAAGCCCUUCUGAGCUCAUGGGAAAGAUCCUGAUCAAGAACAAGAAGAACAGCGCUCCAAAACAGGAACCAGAGGCCCCCAAGAAGGCUCCAGACCAGCCACAAGAGCAAGCUGAGCCAAACCAAACUGAACCAAAUCAAGCUGACCCAAGCCAAAGUGACCCAAGCCAAACUGACCCAAGCCAAACUGACCCCACCCAAACUGACUCCAACCAAGCUGUCCCUCAGGAGAGUCAAGAGGGGGAGGUACAUGACGACCACGAGGAGCAUGAUGACAAUGACGAACAUGACGAGGAGAAGAUGAAGAACUCGGAUGAGGGUACUGCGGGGCAGGAAGUGACAGCCUACGAAGAAAUGUCUGCCGUGGUCAAUUACAUUCAGCCCAAUAAGUUCAUCUCCUUCGAGAAUGCUAAAAAGAAGAACCGGAGCUAUGCAAUCUCUUCUUUUGUGGAAACCAAAGGAGGAGAUCUGAUUGCCAAGUCACCAGUAGAGUUUGUUGAAUACAACAAGAGGCAGAUGAGCAGGAUCUACCCCAAGGGCACCAGGAUGGAUUCAUCAAACUAUAAUCCCCAGCCUUUCUGGAAUGCAGGCUGUCAAUUUGUAGCACUAAACUACCAAACUAUGGAUUUUCCCAUGCAGCUGAACAUGGCUCUGUUUGAGUUCAAUGGGAGGACAGGGUACCUACUUAAACAUGACCUUCUGCGUCGAAGUGACAAGAAGUUCGAUCCCCACACUGACAGGAUUGACACCAUCAUCGCUAGCACUCUAACAAUAAAGAUCUACUCGGGGCAGUUCCUAUCAGAGAAGAACGUGAAGACAGGGGUGGAAGUGGAGAUCAUUGGGUUGCCUAAAGACCCCAAGCGCAAGUGCCGGACAAAAUGGUCACCCACCGCCAAUGCUAUUAACCCUGUGUGGAAUGAGGAGCCCUUUGUCUUUGAGAAGAUCCUGUUGCCAGAGAUGGCCUCCCUCAGGAUAGUGGUCCAUGAGGAGAGUGGAAAGUUCCUGGGACACAGGAUAAUCCCCAUCGAUGCUAUACAGCCAGGUUUCCAUCACAUCUGUCUGUGCACUGAAAGCAACAUGCCUCUCACUCUGCCAGCCCUGUUUGUGUAUAUUGAUAUUAAGGACUAUAUUCCAGCAGCUUUCGCAGAUUUCACAGAUGCCUUAUUCAACCCAACUAAGACUGAGAAAACCUCAAAGCCCCAGGAGGAGUACGUGUCACCAUUCGAGUUGCCCCCUGUCGCCCCUGUAGCAAAGGAGGAGGAGCAAUCGGCAGACCCAAGCACACAACCAGAGGCAGGGACUGAAGCCUCUCCCCAAACAGAAGAUGCUGUCACUGACCCCUCUUCAGCCACAGAAGGCAAUGAACCUACAGAAGAUACUCCUGCCCAAGAUGGUGACACUCCUGCAGAAGAUACUCCUGCCCAAGAUGGUGACACUCCUGCAGAAGAUAAUCCUGCCCAAGAUGGUGACACUCCUGCAGAAGAUACUCCUGCCCAAGAUGGUGACACUCCGACAGAAGAUACUCCUGCCCAAGAUGGUGACACUCCUGCACAAGAUGGUGAGACUCCUACAGAAGAUACUCCUGCCCAAGAUGGUGACAAUCCUGCAGAAGAUACUCCUCCCCAAGAUGGUGAGACUCCUAAAGAAGAUAUUCCUGCCCAAGAUGGUGACAAUCCUGCAGAAGAUACUCCUGCACAGGAUGGUGAGACUCCUGCAGAAGAUACUCCUGCCCAAGAUGGUGACUCUCCUGCAGAAGAUACUCUUGCCAAAGAUGGUGACACUCCUGCAGAAGAUACUCCUGCCCAAGAUGGUGACACUCCUACAGAUGCUGCUGCUGUCCCUUCCCCCAACACUGAUCCCCCCUCUGACCCCACUGCCCCUCAAAUAACUGAGGAAACAUCUAAAGAUACUGGCCCAGAACCAUCUUCAGUGACAUUGGAUGAGUUGAAACAACACAAGAGCUUUGUGAAAGUCAUAAAAAGGCAGGAGAAAGAGAUCCGAGAGAUGGAGAAGAAAUCUCAGAAGAAGGCAGAUGACCUAAUACAAAAAUACAAAGAGUCUUUUAAAUCUGUGAAGAAGAAGUCCUCAGGGAAGAAGAAAGAGAAUGGUGACCCAACCCUCGUUCCUGACAAGGCUGUGGAAUUGAAGGCUAAGCUGCUGACAGAACUUAAAAUGCUAUGGGAGGGGCAGUAUGAGCUUCUGAAGAAGAAGAAGGAACAGCAUGCCACUGAGCAAUUAACGAAGCUGCUAGAUCUGGCUGCGGAGAAGCAUGCCAAAGAAACACAGGCCCUGGAGAGUGUGAAGAACAAAAACAGUGGUCCUGGAGCUGCUGAGGACGAUGGCCAGUCAACAAAUGGCGAAGCACUGGGGAGGAAGCAGGCUGCUACCCUGGAGCAGAUAAAAGACCAGACGAAGCAGCUCAACCACGAGACCCUCACAGAACAUGAGAAGAAGACGAGUUCGCUCCCUGCCGGCAUGCGAGAUGCUGUCAACGGCUGCGUGAGCCCGCAUUACCCGGAGCUGGUGGACCAGCCCAACCCAGACAAGGAAGACGGCGGUCAGACAGGGGACGUAUUCAGGGGAUAGUUUCAGUGCUUUCUCAGUCCAGGUAGACAGCAGUGAAAAGAUGAAACUGCCCUGGACAUGCAAUUCAAAUAUAAAAGAGUAGGUUUUAGGUUAUUGUCCAGCUGGAACCAGCACUAGUUGUAAUGCCUGAACUUUCUGGUUAGAGGUUAAAUCAAUCUUACAGGGAAUCAAAAUGUGUGUGUAUUUACAGUUUAUUUAGGUAGAGCUUAAAUUCAUGCAACACACUUCAAAUUCACAGACAAAAUGUUUUUGUGUAACUUUAAUAAUCGGAUGCCCCUGCACACUUUCACAUCUUAUAAUGUUGAAUGGUGGACUGA